AUGGCCUCCCUUUGGACGGGCGGUCUAAUUUGUUUUCGCCCGAAUUUUUCGAGCGAACUUGCUCUUAAGACAUCUUCUUCGGUUGUUCUUCUGAUAGGAACGGUCUCGGCAUCUCCAGGAAGUCUUCAACCGGAACCGCGUCACCUCACCGGGAGAAGGGGAGUCCGACCGCCAAUCAGCCGCCACUUGAGCGAGCUGAGGAGGGAGGACCACCAGAUCAGCCACCGAGGGCAGCCGCCGAGGGAAACCGCUGCAAUGGUCACCAUCGCUACCGGAGAAGGAGACGCCCAUCGGAGUAGCGACCAUCCUGAACGGAAAAGCCACCUGCCGCCAGAGACGCGCAAAAUCAGAGAGGAGGAGCGAGCCGCCGAGGGCUACCGCCGGUCGGAGCCACGAUUUCGCCGAGGAAGGCCGACGCCGGAGCAGCUAAGGAGGGCGACGAGCGGCGGAUUUGGGGAUUAG